CGUUCGAGUAGGAAGGAGGAGUAUUAUAUUAUACAAAAAUACACAAACCCUACACCCACAACUCAAUCCACGCGAGUGUGGGAGGGUGACGAUGGCGGAGCCCGGCGAAAUAUUGCCGGAGCGGAACGUAGACAUGGCGGCGCUGUACGGCAUGUUGCGGCAGGGCAAGGCUUCGGUGGAGGAAGUUGUGGCAAAGAUGUUGGGUAUUAAGAAAGGAAUUGAACCUAAAUCACAGCUGCGGGAACUUGUCGCUCAAAUUCUCUUCAAUUUUGUCUCUCUACGUCAGGCAAAUAGGUCCAUCUUGCUUGAAGAAGAUCGGGUUAAAGCUGAUACGGAACGUGCCAAAGCGCCCGUGGACCUGACAACAUUGCAACUCCACAACUUAAUGUAUGAGAAAAAUCACUAUGUCAAAGCAAUAAAAGCUUGUAAAGACUUCAAGACAAAGUACCCUGAUAUCAAACUUGUACCCGAGGAGGAAUUCGUAAAUGAUGCACCAGACGAGAUUAAAAGCCCCUCAUUUUCAGCUGAUGAAGCCCAUGAUUUGAUGCUUAAAAGGCUCAACUAUGAGCUUUUCCAGCGCAAAGAACUUUGCAAGCUUCGUGAGAAAUUGGAACUUGAAAAGAAAGCUCUGCAGGAAACAAUUGCUAACAGGAAGCAAUUUUUAUCAAGUCUUCCUUCACACCUCAAAGCACUCAAGAAAGCAUCGUUGCCUGUGCAGCAUCAGUUAGGAGUUCUUCACACAAAGAAGCUUAAACAACACCAAUUGGCAGAGCUACUUCCACCCCCUCUAUAUGUAAUCUACACUCAGUUACUUGCACAAAAGGAGGCGUUUGAAGACAAAAUUGAGCUAGAGAUCAUUGGAAGCAUAAAGGAUGCCCAGGCGUUUGCUCGUCAACUAGCUAACAAGGACUCUGGUAUGUUAACAGACAUGGAGAACUCCAAGUUAGAGGAAGAUGCCCCUGAUGAAGAAGAUGAUGGUCAAAGGAGGAGGAAGCGGCCCAAGAAGGUUCCGAGCAAGGAGAAUCUUGACCAGUCUGGAUUAUAUCAAAGUCAUCCACUUAAAGUGAUUCUCCAAAUAAAUCACGACGAUGCUUCAGACUCAAAUUCAGCCAAACUCAUCACCUUGAAGUUCGAGUUUUUAAUAAAAGUGAAUGCUGUGUGUGUAGGAGUGGAGGAUUCUGAAGAAGAUCCUCCUAAUAGUGUCUUGUGCAACUUAUUUCCUGAUGACACAGGCCUUGAACUCCCACAGCAGUCGGCCAAGCUCUCUGUUGGAAAUUCUGUUUCAUAUGAUAAAAUGAGAACUUCACGGCCAUACAGAUGGGCCCAACAUUUGGCGGGCAUUGAUUUUUUACCAGAGUUGUCGCCUUUGGUUUUAGAUCCUGAAGAAUUGAACUAUGGAGUGAGUAAGCGAGUAUCUGGUUUAGCUGAUCUAUCCUCAUAUCGGCAGCAAAACAGGGUUCAGACAGUUUUGCAGAGGAUUCGUAAUCGGAAAAAGGCUCAGCUAGCUCUCGGAGAAUUGCUCGACUGUCUUAGGAGGCUUAAAUGGCCAAAUUUGACCUUCGAGGAUGUUCCAUGGACCUCAUAUGCACCACGAUGUAACUUGCACGGUUGGUUGUUAACGACUGCUGCAUCUACGCCAUCUGCUGAGAGAGAUCAAUUUCAAGGUCCUGCUAGUGUCAAUACACACAGAAAAAUCGACAUGUCCAAAGAAGAGAAAGAGAUUGCAACAGAAGAUGGGGAACUCCUAUCUUUAGCUCCAGCUACUGCUGUUGUUAACGAUGUUAAUCUUAACCCUUCAAAAGGAUCCAACCUCGAGACUUCUGGAAGUCUGAGUUUAAUGUCAAAGAGUAUUGUAUCUCCCAUCACCAAGGGGAAAUUGCCAAGCUUUAAAAAGAUUGAGGAUAAUGUCGAACUGUUGCUGGAGUCUGAUAGUGAACUCGACGAGCCAAUCCAAGUGGAGGAGGCACUAUUUGGUGAUCCGGCUCCGGUUGAGAAUUCUUGGGCCGACUUCGGUGUUCAGGAAUACAGCCUUGUUCUAAUCCGGAAGUUGGAUAGUGAUCAUAACAGGAAUGUGAAAUUAGAAGCCAAGGUGAAGAUAAGCGUGGAAUAUCCUCUUAGGCCUCCUUGUUUUGAGCUGACUCUACAGAGUUGUUUACAAGGUGGGAACUAUUCUGAUUCGAUUGGUGUCGAAUUCUUCAAUGAGCUUCGGGCAAUGGAGGCUGAGGUGAAUGUCCACCUUGUAAGGAUGAUUCCUGAGAACCAACAAAACUUUGUGCUAGGCCAUCAAGUGAUGUGCCUUGCUAUGUUGUUCGACCUGUUCAUGGGCAACGGAGAAGUUUCGUCAGAGGAGAGGUGCGCGGUGAUUGAAGUUGGUUUGUGCAAGCCGGUAUGUGGGGGAUUUGUGACUCGGUCGUUUAGAGGUCGGGACAGGAGGAAAAUGAUUUCUUGGAAAGACAAAGUAUGUACUUCUGGCUAUCCUUGCUGAAAUAUAUAACUUGAAUGCUUCUCUCCCUCCCUCCAUUCUGUCUGUUUUGGCUGCACUAGGCUUUGAAUUGAGUAUCCCAUUUUCAUGCUCGAUUUUACUUGUUUUCUGCUUGCUUGUUAGUGAUGCUAUUAUCUCCAUAAGAUAGGUUUUUGUUAGUGAACUUUGUUCGAUUCGGCUCGAGUUGUAAAUGAGUCAAGCCGAAGCUGCAAUCAUUAACAAUAGAAUACAAACACUUAAAAUACGAAUACAAACAAUUUUGCUGGA